GGAGGGGUUGGGGGAGUUCCAGACCUUUCCUGUCUUUCUUUCCCUCGCUUGCGCCUGCGCCUGCGCCUGCGCCUGCGUACACCAUUGAAGAGAACAGGGAAGGCGCCCCCCGCCCGCGGCCCCCCUUCCCCCCCUCCCCAACUCCCGUUGGAAUUAGGGCAUACAACCCGCUUCUCCUCUCCCCUCCAUCUGAAAUCCCCCUCUCGUCCUCUCCGUUGCCGCUUCCUCUCCCUCUGCGACCUACCCUACCCUCACAGGAGAUCUCCGCCUGCGCCGCCCCCCCGCAUUCAACGAGAUACGGAAAAGCCCUUCUUUCCUCUUCCUUCCCUUCUUUCCCGGAACCGGGCGUCUCUUCGCGUUGGAACACUCUCCGUCGCACGUCGACGAAGGUCGGAUUUUAGGGUUCUGAUUUAGUCCUGCUGUCGUCGGAUCGAAAGAAAAGCAAAAACAAAAACGCUCUCUCUCUCUCUCUCUCUCUCUCUCUCUCUCUCUCAUCGACUCCGAGGUAGGCGUUGUCGCUCUGGUGGAGAAGGGAGCUCCUUUCUAGGUUACCCUUAUUCGUCCGCUCCAUCUCGCCCUCCUUUUCGUUUUUACGACUUAUGCCACUGUUAUGGAAUUGGAGGAGAAGAGCAUCUCCGAUAAGGGGAAGAUAAAAAUGGCCCCGAGCACCGAGGUUGCGCUAGAUAGGGCAAUGGUUCCAGAUGCUGAGAUGAUGGAUGGAGAUGCUUUGGUCGGUAGCUAUGUGGGCAAGGAGGCGCCGGGCGCCAGAGGGAUUCUUCUGGGCAAGGUCGCCUCCUAUGAUGCGCCAAGUAGGCUGUACGGUGUGGUUUAUGAGGAUGGCCUUCAGGAGAGUCUGGACCACCAGCAUCUCUGCACGAUCCUCCCAAUGGUCGAUGCUGGCUUUGGCAUGAAGAUGAGUUGUAGGAAGAGGAAGCUGGACCAAUUGAUCUCUUCGGUUUCAGAAGAGAAGAUGCAGCAUGGAGAAAUGAAGACGCAGCCGAACACAAGGGCAAGGAGGAGUGCUCCUGAUGUUUCUGAUGGGGUGGAAAACUCUGUGCUGAGUAGGUCGGUCUCAAAUCUCUCCGAAGAUGCUGAUUCUUCAAGCGACUCAUGCAACAAUGCCCAUGCUCCGACUCGUGACUCCUCCCCGGAAGUUCAUAUCCCGCCUUUGCCCCCAUCAUCCGGCGACAUUGUUGUUCCGGAGGAAUCCAUCAGUUAUUUGUUCUCUGUAUAUAACUUUUUGAGAUCAUUCAGCGUCUGCUUGUUCCUUAGCCCUUUUGGACUGCAUGAUUUUGUGGGCUCGCUCAAUUGCACCUUCCAAAAUUCUUUAUUGGAUGCCAUUCAUGUCUCACUUUUGCGGGCUUUGUGGCGUCAUCUUCAAAUGCUCUCCUUUGAGGGCUCCAGGCUUGCUUCCAAGUGUUUGAGAUGUCAUGAUUGGGCCUUGCUCGACUCAUUGACUUGGCCCCCCCUCUUACUUGAGUACCUCUAUAUAAUGGGUUACUCAAAACAUAUUGGCUGUGAGAGUUUAAGAGCCAUUAUUUCAGACUCUGAAUAUUACAAGCUUCCUGUGGCUUUGAAGCUUAAGAUUCUACAAAUAUUGUGCGAUGAUGUCAUAGAUUCAGCUGAACUGAGAGCCGAACUUGAGAUGCGGGUAGGCUUGGAAGAGGAUAUAGAGUAUAAUGCUGAUGCUAACUUUCCCGAGGAGAGUGGGCCAAAGAAAACCCAUUCUAAAAAUUCUAAAAUCACACAACAAGUUGCUGAUUCGUCAGAUGUCGGUCACGAUGGGAAUAGUGAUGAAUGCCAACUCUGUGGAAUGGAUGGGACCUUGAUAUGCUGUGAUGGCUGCCCAUCGGCAUACCAUUCAAGAUGCAUUGGCCUCAACAAAGCAUUUCUACCUGAUGGGAAGUGGUUUUGUCCAGAAUGCACAGUUAACAGGCUUGGACCAACAUCUUCCAGAAUAGAAAGAGGAGCAAGAGGAGCAGAGAUCUUUGGUGUUGAUGCCUGCGGCCGGAUGUUCCUAGGGUCGUGCAACUAUUUGCUUGUGAUUGGGACGGCCUCAAAUGCAGAGCCAUUUUCUAGAUAUUACAAUCAGGAUGAUGCCAUGAAUGUCUUUCGUGUUAUUUGUUCAGCAGACGAAAUUGCAACUACGUAUGCUGAUACCUGUAGAGCAAUAUCAGAAUAUUGGGAUGUCCCAGCAGCUAACAUGCAAUUUGUAAAGAAUGAACUGGAUAAUAGUAAGGUGCCUGCGUCAUGUAAUGCUUCGCCGUCUAUUAUCUCGGUUAAGAGCGGUAUUUCCUUCAAGAACCCUGAAGAGUACAAGGCUAGCAAAACCAUAGAGCAGAAGAAUGAGUAUCAUGAUUCCAAGAUUGUAGGCCCUGGCUUGAACUCAGUUGAACAGCCCAGAAUUAUAGAUAAGAAGAACCAUGAAAUGGCAAACAAUGAUGGUUUCAUCAAGAAUGAAUUGGAAGCUGCAGAUGAGUCCUUACUAUUGCUGAAAGAUGAACAUCGUGCAUCUGGAAAUACCAGACAUGCUGUCCAUAAGGUUUCCUCUGUUAUGAACAGAAUGGCUAGCGAGCAGCUUGCCAAUGGAUCUGUUAGUACUGGCACUUCUUACUCAAAUGGGUUAGAAUAUUCGACAUGUGGCUCCUUAAAUGAGAAUGUGAUAUUUAGGGAAGAUGCGGGCGGCUCGGCUUAUUCAGUGAAGAAUAACUCUCUUGGUCCUUAUUCCGAAAGUGGAUAUGGAAGUCAAACAAAUGGUGAGAAAUGCAGAGUGAUAAGCUGUAAAAGCUCAAUAAAAUUGGCAUCCUUUAAACCUCAGGCUUAUGUAAACCAGUAUAUUCACGGUGGAGUUGCUGCAUCUGCAGCUGCAUAUCUGGCUGAUCUUACAUCAGAAGAGGGUAAAGUCUCAGAGUCUCUUGUUGCCCCAAAUUCCAAAAAAACAGUGGUUGCAAAUAUUGCGCUGCAAAUGAAAGCAUUCUCCUUAGCAGCAUUGAACUUUAUCUGGCCAAGUCAUGAGAAGAAGCUAAUGGAGGUCCCAAGAGAACGAUGCGGUUGGUGCAUUGCAUGUAAAGGUGCUGCUACAAAUAAAAAGGGGUGCUUUCUUAAUUUAGCUGCCUCAAAUGCCAUUAAAGGAUCUGCUAGAAAUAUUAGUAGCCUUCGUUCACUUAAGCCUGAUGGAAGCCACAUCCCCAGUGUUGCUGCUUAUAUAGCAAACAUGGAGGAAAGUCUGCACGGGCUGAUAGUUGGUCCAUUGCUGGAUGUCGAAUAUAAACAAUGGUGGCGCAAACAAGUUAGAGAUGCCACUAGCUGCAGAGUUUUGACAAUCCUAUUGCUUGAGCUUGAAAAGAGUAUACGUGGAAUUGCUUUCUCUGGGGACUGGUUCAAGCUUGUAAAUGAUUGGUCAGUCGAGCUCUCUGCCACAGUUUCAGGAGAAUCCCGCAUUGGAGCAAAUCAAAAACGUGGUUCUGGAGGGAGGAGGGGUAGGAAACGAUCUAUGGCUUCUGAAUGUGCUGCUCUGGCUUCUGAUGACGGCCGGAAGGAUGUGCAGUGGUGGCGAGGGGGGAAGCUUUCAAAAGUUGUUUUGCAGAAAGGGACUCUUCUCUGUUCGCUGGUUAGGAAAGCUGCUCGUCAAGGUGGUCUUAGGAGGAUAUCUGGUAUUUCCUAUUCUGAAAGUUCUGAUUUUCCUAGAAGAAGCCGACAAUUUGCUUGGCGAGCUUCUGUGGAAAUGAGCAGGAAUGCAUCUCAACUUGCUCUUCAGGUGAGACAUCUUGAUGCUCAUAUAAGAUGGCGGGACCUUAUUCCUCCAGAUCAAACUGUUUUGGAUGGGAAAGGAUCAGAUACUACUGAUGCUUCUGUUUUCAGAAAUGCGGUCAUAUGUGAUAAAAAGAUGAUUGAAAAUAAGACAGUAUAUGCAAUUAUGUUUCCCAACCAGAAACAUCUUCCUGUACGUAUGACAAAGAAUAUCCUUGAAAGGGAGAAUAAUGAGGAUGAGAAGGUGAAGCUGUGGUUUUCUGAAAACCAUAUACCGUUGUACUUGAUAAAAGACUUUGAAGAGAAAAUUGGAAUGAAAGCACCACCUUGCUUGAAGGUGUUAAGCUCAACUUGCUUCCCGAAGACUCGAAGAAAGCAAAUAAAUGCCUACUAUAAAGACAUAUUCGAUUACCUCUUUCACAAGGGAGAGAAACCUAGCAAGUCACCCUGUGUAUCGUGCAAACGUGAUGUUUUGCUCAGGGAUGCUGUCAGAUGCAGUUCUUGCCAAGGUGACUGUCACAAGGAUUGCACAUCAUAUUCGGCUAUUAACAAGGGAAAUGAUUCACGUCCCAGUUUUACGUGCAAAUCAUGUUGUGCUAAACUUGCUGUACUAAAUGCAACUCACAAGAUGGUUCUGAACAGUCAGCUCUCUCAACAAAGGAAAGAUCAACUGGUUGGCAGUACUAAGCUUGUGUUUCGGAUUGGUUUGCCUCAAAUUGUACAGUCGGUCAAUAAGGUGCAAGUUGGACAAGAGUUGAAGUCUUUGGCUUCUGGUUCCAAUUUGGAACAUAAACGUAAGAACAGUGGAGCAUCUGUAUCAUAUGGCCUUCUCUGGAAGAAAAAGAAGAGUGAUGAAGCUGGAAAAGAUUUCAGGCUGGAAAAUGUAAUUCUUAAACUUAAGGAUGGAACGAGUCCUUCCAUGGAACCAUCUUGCUGCCUCUGUAAGAGGCCUUACCGUCCAGAUCUGAUGUACAUCUGCUGUGAAAGGUGCAAAAGUUGGUAUCAUGCAGAUGCGCUGCAAGUUGAAGAAGCCCAAAUCUUUGAUUUGGUAGGGUUUAAGUGCUGCAAGUGCCGGAGGAAAGGCUCUCCAAAGUGUCCUUAUGCAGACCCUCACUAUAAGAAGCCAGAACCAGAACCCUCAAGUAAUGGAAAUGCUAACCAAGCGAACAAAUUUAACAACUUGGAUCACUCAACCAUGCUACGUUCUCUGCCGAGAGGGGAGGAUUUGGUUAUAACUGAUGAUGACCCUCUGCUUUCCUCUUCUGAAAGAGUUGAGUCAUUUGCUCGGCAAACACCAGAAACUGAAUUGCAGCUGCAUACCCCCAUGUCAACAUCUCAAAGCCAUAAUAAAUUAUCUAUUAGAAGGCCUCAAGUAAAAUGUACAACUGAUAUCUGUAGAGGAGUCAACACCAUUCAGAAUGGCAGUACUUCCUCGUAUUUAGCUGAUUUCGAAGAAUUCCUUGCAGCUGAGCAGGCGAACUCCACGGAUCCUCCUGAGAAUUCAUCGUCUCUACUUGAAUGGGAUUUUCCAGAGGUUGAGGGCUAUGGAGUGGCUGUGAAUGAUGCAAAUGAUGCUACUGGUGACAGCUACCAAUGGAAUAACCCAGAAGGUGGUAAUUUUGAUGAUGCGGAAUAUGAACCCCAGACGUAUUUUUCAUUUACAGAAUUGUUGGCCGCAGAGGAUUCCCAAUUGGAUAAUGGAUGUGAUGGGCCUAUGCCAGGUUAUGAGCAUCCCCAAACUGAUUUUCAUGAAUUUGCAACCACUUUCCAGGAAGCAUCUCAUGGAGCAGAGGAAGCGAAGAGACUGGCAUGCGACAUAUGUAAACUCCUACAGCCAUCACCUGAUCUAUUCUGUGAAAUUUGUAGGCUGCAUAUACAUUCUCACUGUUCGCCUUGGGUAGAGAGCGAGGAGCCUUCUGGGUAUAUAAACUGGAGGUGCGGUAGUUGCCGGGAUUGGCGGUAGGUUAACGUUUUCUGGACUUUGUUGUCCGACACUCUAUAUAGAUGCUGGCUUUUUGCAUGGUUGAUAAACAAUACGAGGAGAUGAGCCGAUGAGUCCAGUGGCUGAUAAAAAUGGACAUGGCGACCAAUUGAGAAAACAGCCUAAUUUGGAUAACCUGAUAGCUAAUAGGAAACAGUCCAGGAUAUAUGCUGGAUUGCUGGGUGAGAACUUCUUGCGUCUACUCAGGGCCAAUGCAUUGUGGUGUGGAGUUCUAAUGGAGUGGUAUUAAAACAUGGCUGAUGCUUAUGCUGACUGAUUUUUGAUGGUAGCAUCAUCCAUCAAAGCUCUAGCUCUCUCUCUCUCUCUCUCUCUCUCUCUCUUUGUUCUUUUGUGGUGUUGAAAUCAUAGGAAUCAUUUAGACCGUUAUACUGCAAUUUUUGGGAGGUGCCUGCUAAUGGUGCAAUUGGACUGUAUAUAGGAUGGGUUAAAUUCGGGUUAAAAGAGUCCUUCUACAGGAAAACAAUUGUAUUAUCUUCUACAAAGUUUUGGAUAUGGAAUGCCAUGUCAGCUUUAGGUUUUGAUACAUCUUGGGGCCCAUAUUUUUUUUAGCCUCGUUAAGUUGUGAGCCGACUUGUAUUUUAUUUUUCAUUUUGGCAGAUAAUUGCUGUCAUUAUAAUUUAAGUGCAGGUUCUCAUUGGGUA